GGUUCUUGAUUGCGCGCAUCUACUUGACUUUUCAUCAUCUCUCUCGAUAGAUUAGCGCGUCAGGGUUUGGUUGAGCUUUAAUUUGAAUUGGGUUUGUGUGAAAUGUUGGUUGUAAGUGUGAAAUGUUGGUUGGUUUGGUUGAGCUUUAAUUUGAAUUGGGUUUGUGUGAAAUGUUGGUUUUGAUUAGCUACAACCUUGUGCCAACAUUAGUGGAAGUUGUCUCUUUGGCAUGUCCAGGUUCCGGAUCUCUUACUUCACCUUUCGUAAAGGUUUCUGCCACUCUAUCCAGGUUCUCUAAUAGAGCAAUUUACGUGCCAGUUGAAACUGGUUUUCUACUGCUUUUAGCCAUAUCUACUUCUCUUGAAAUCUGCUCGUCAGACACUUCAUUAGCUGUUUUCUCUGUGCUGCUUUGCUCUUGUGAUAGUGCUACACUUGAUUCCUAAUAUAAGAUAGAAACAUGAGUUAUUUAGCUUGAUUUUUUUACAAGUUAUCUUCUUUAUUAACUAUUGUAGAUCACCGAAGAAGGAAGGAGGAUUGGGUUUACAAGUUACUUACCUCUUCAAUUUGAAUAUCUUUACCACUUCAGUUUGAAUAUCUUUUGCUAUGGUUUUAAAUGUUGCAUUGUUCUCCUUAGCACCUAGAAAUCCAUUCU